AUGCUAAAAAAAACAAGAGUUAAAGAAAGUCUAAAGGUUUCCAAUUUUGGAUGUAAAGAUUGUGGUGUCUGUCUAAAAGGGACAGGAAUUGAUCUCAAACAAGAAAUUAACCGAACGCAACAUGGCAUGAUGUCAUGCUACUCUUGUUAUGAAUGUAAACCUGGGACAUAUCAGAAUGAGAACCAUGUCAUCAAAAGCUGCAAACCCUGUAACACUUGUACAAAUCAAAGAAUUUUGAGAAAUUGUUCUACAACAGAGAAUUCUAUCUGUGGAAACUGCUUGCCUGGACAUCAAGUCAAAUAUAUAAAUGGAUCAGAUGUAUGUGAAAAAAUUGAAAACUCCACUGGAAUAGCAUACAAGAUUUCCACAUUUGUUUUGUGUUCUCUCCUUUUACUAGCUAUUUUAUAUAUCAUUUACCUCAACCUCAAGAGAAAGAAAAUUAUUGAAAAAAUUUGUCCAAACAAGUUCAAAUGGGAGACCUGCUUAGAGCCAGAAAAAAAUGUUAAGAACCAUGGACAAAGAAUAUUUUCAGUAAACAAGGAGAAAUUUGAAGUCGUGGAUGAUUCAACCUUUGCUCGAAAUAUUGGCAAGGAUUGGAAAUAUGUAGCCCGUUGCCUCAAUUAUACAGAACCGGAAAUUCAGGAAAUUGAACAAAAUGAAAAACAACUCAAAGAUUGUGCACAUUGUAUGAUAAGAGAUUAUAGGCAGAAAUUCAAACGACAAAAUGAUGAAGCUCUUAUCAAAGCUUUGAUGGAAAUAAAACAAUAUAACCUGUUGAAACCAAAAGAAGCUAAUUCUGAAGCGGAACCUAGUGAAACUGAUCCACUUCAUUGUUAA